GUGGGGGACACGAAUCAUAAUCAUACUCCGAAAACAAACCGAUCAAAAUAAAGCGAUUUUCACACUCCACUUAACACUAAAAUUUAACAAUUGCAAGAGCAUUCAAUUUGGGAUCAUAUUUCAGAUGAUAUCCUUGCAACUACUACAGGGAAUUGUGAAUGGUCUCUGGAGUCUGUGAGGUUUGGUUAACCUGUGACUUCCGAUUCUGAAGGAUGGCUGGGAAUUUCUGGCAAAGCUCACAUCACCAGCAGUGGCUACUGGACAAGCAAGAUUUGGUUCGAGAACGCCAACACGACAUCUCAAUACUCACUGAAGAGGAGUAUCAAAAGUUGUUCAUCUUCUUUGCUAAUUUGAUACAAGUAUUGGGUGAGCAAUUGAAAUUGAGGCAACAGGUGAUAGCAACAGCAACUGUUUAUUUCAAACGUUUUUACGCUCGCAACAGUCUAAAAUGCAUCGAUCCUCUGCUCCUGGCACCCACUUCUGUAUUCCUGGCGUCUAAAGUCGAAGAGUUUGGAGUCAUCUCCAAUACACGUCUGAUCACCACCUGCCAAACUGUAGUUAAGAACAAAUUCAAUUAUGCUUAUGCCCAAGAGUUUCCAUACCGAACAAAUCACAUUUUGGAGUGUGAGUUCUACCUGCUGGAGCAUCUGGACUGCUGUUUGAUAGUUUAUCAACCGUACAGACCCCUCUUGACUCUGAUCCAGGACGUGGGGCCUGAUGAUCAGUUACUGACCCUCGCCUGGAGAAUUAUCAACGAUAGUUUGAGAACAGAUGUCUGUCUUCUCUAUCCCCCAUAUCAAAUAGCCAUAGGAUGUUUGCAAAUUGCAUGUGUAAUACUUCAAAAAGAUCUGAAGUCAUGGUUCGCUGAACUUAAUGCAGACAUGGAGAAAAUCCAGGAGAUAGCACGACACAUAAUAAACCUCUACGAACUGUGGAAAACUUACGACGAGAAGAAGGAGAUUCAGAGUUUACUUGCCAAAAUGCCAAAACCUAAGGCUGCUCCACAACGCUGACACGAGGGUGAAUUUAGCCACUACGAAUCGACUUGAAAAAUAAUUUAUUAUUAAAUUUUUAUUCUAUACAUUUGCUAAUACGAUAUUUAUCAUUGUUUCAAUCAGUUUGAGCCUUUUGAGUAACGUUUGUAGAAUUCCUAUUGGAGUUCUGUUAGAAUAAUUUGCAAUUUGCAUUCUGCAAUUUUUUCGGACAUUUUUCAAUAGCUUUUUUUAGCAAAAAAUCUAUAGAUGUGAUUUUUUUGGGGAUUUUAUUAUGAGAGACAAUUAAAAAUAGUGAAAAAGAUUUAGACAAUUUAUGUUCACAAAUUUCUAUAAGAAAAUAAAAAUCUGUUCACUUUCUA